AUGAAGCAUGGAUGUCAGCCAGAGCUGAACAAGGCAGAUGUUCCUGUUGGACACAGUUGGGGACUUCUGCCCAUACUUACGGCUACAGGAAAGUGGACAAGAACGAGUGAGUUUAUCCUCAUAAGCUUCUCUUCCCUGCCUACUGAAAUACAGUCGUUGCUCUUCCUGACAUUUCUAACCAUCUACCCAGUCACUCUGAUGGGAAAGAGCCUCAUGAUUCUGGUUACCCUAGCCGACCCCAUGCUACACAGCCCCAUGUACUUCUUCCUCAGAAACUUAUCUUUCCUGGAGAUUGGCUUCAACCUAGUCAUUGUGGCCAAAAUACUGGGGACCCUGCUUGCCCAGGACACAACCAUCUCCUUCCUUGGCUGUGCCACUCAGAUGUAUUUCUUUUUCUUCUUUGGGGUGACUGAAUGCUCCCUCCUGGCUACCAUGGCAUGUGACCGCUAUGUGGCCAUCUGCAGUCCCUUGCACUACCCAGUCAUCAUGAACCAAAGGACACGGGCCAAACUGUCUACUGCUUCUUGGUUCCCAGGCUUUCCUGUAGCUACUGUGCAGACCACGUGGCUCUUCAGCUUUCCAUUCUGUGACACCAACAAGGUGAACCACUUCUUGUGUGACAGCCUACCUGUGCUGAAGCUGGUCUGUGCAUACACAGCACUGUUUGAGAUCUACGCCAUCAUCGGAACCAUUCUGGUGGUCAUGAUCCCCUGCUUGCUGAUCUUGUGUUCCUACACUCUCAUUGCUGCUGCCAUCCUCAAGAUCCCAUCAGCUAAAGGGAAGCAUAAAGCCUUCUCUAUGUGGUCCUCACAUCUCCUUGUUGUCUCUCUUUUCUAUAUAUCGUUAAGCCUCACAUAUUUUCAGGCUGAAUCAAAUAAUUCUCCUGAAAGCAAGAAGCUGCUAUCAUUGUCCUACACUGUUGUGACUCCCAUGUUGAACCCCAUUAUCAAUAGCCUGAGAAAUAACGAGGUGAAGAAUGCCUUCAUCAGGAUGGUCUGCAAGACCCUAGCCCUCAGAAACUGUAUCCCAUAGACCUUAGGAAGUAAGGCUACAUUUUACUGGAUGAGAAACAGUCAGUCCCAGAUUUGAGAUUCCUCUCUGCAUC